UUGAAUUGCAAAAUGUUUUCUAAUUAAAUUUGUUUUAAAAAAGUAUAAAAAUAAAAAAUUUACCACAAUAUAUAACCCAAAGAAAUUUUCUAAACAAAUCAUUUAAGAUCAUGGUACUUAACGAAAUACAUCUUCAUGAAAAUUUAACAUCAUUAGAUGUCGCCGGAAACAACAGUACAACUUUCAACAGAAAACAUGUUUACACAAUGUCAAUGACCACUCUAUGCACAAUAGGUGGAUUUUUUUUAUUUAUUCUCAUAGCCGUGGGAAUUUUGGUAUAUUUUCUCUCUGCAUGUCCCGAACAUGCAGCACCCGUUAAAGAGAAUGGUACUCCUAAUUGUAUUUUAACGACAGCAAAUUUGCCACCAUUAGUAAAUAUAAAUAAAAUAAAUGAGAGAGAUAAAAACUUCACUAAACCAAAAUUAAACAUACGGCUACCAAAAUCUGUCAUACCAUUAAAGUACAAUAUAUUCAUAAUUCCAUCUCUAUUUGAUGGAAUAUUUACUUUUUCGGGUGAAGAGAUAAUACAUGUUAAAAUAAUUGAGGAUUGUACAAACAUAACACUACAUUCUACCGAAUUAAAUAUAUUGCAAAAUAAUUUAACUGUGAGAAGGAUAUAUACGAUGGAUCAAGAAAGUUAUGUUCCAUUUAUAAAAAUUGAUAUUAAAAAACAAUAUUCUAUAAUAGAGAAACAGUUCUAUGUUAUAGAAUUUAACCAUGUUUUAAAGAAAAAUUCUGAAUAUGAAAUAUUUAUUAAAUUUAAUGGUCAAAUAUCAGACUAUUUGCAAGGACUUUAUAAAAGUUCAUAUGAAUUUGAAAAUGAGAUGAGAUGGCUGGCAUCAACACAAUUUCAACCUACAGAUGCACGUCGAGUUUUUCCAUGUUUUGAUGAACCAGCAUUAAAAGCCAAUUUCACAUUAAAUUUGGCCCGGCCAAAAAAUAUGACAACCCUAUCAAAUAUGCCAAAAAUUAUUGGAGACGAAAAAGUUGUUGAAGGAACAAACCAUUACGUUUGGGACAAAUAUGAAGAAUCUUUUCCAAUGUCUACAUAUUUAGUGGCCUUUACAAUAUCAGAUUUCGUUAAUAUAACAACACCUGAAGGUAACUUUUCAGUUUGGGCGAGACCAAAUGCUAUCGACUCAGCUAAAUAUGCAUUGAGCAUUGGACCGAAAAUUUUAAGAAACUUAGAAAAUUAUUUUGGGAUUGAAUUUCCAUUACCAAAGAUUGACAUGAUUGCAAUUCCAGAUUUUCAUGCUGGUGCAAUGGAAAAUUGGGGCUUAAUUACCUAUAGAGAGACUGCGAUGUUGUAUGAAAGGGGUGUAUCAGCAACCACAAAUAAACAGAGAAUUGCCAGUGUUGUUGGGCAUGAGCUGGCGCAUCAAUGGUUUGGUAAUUUAGUUACGCCAAGUUGGUGGUCUGAUAUUUGGUUAAACGAAGGUUUUGCGAGUUAUAUGGAAUAUUUGGCUGUAGAUGACGUUGAGCCACAAUGGCGAACUUUAGAUCAAUUUGUUGUCACGGAAUUACAAAACGUUUUCCAAUUAGAUGCAAUGUCAUCGUCGCAUAAGAUUUCAGUUGAAGUCGCCGAUCCAGAUGAAAUUAAUGAAAUAUUUGACAGAAUUUCCUAUGGAAAAGGCGCGGCCAUAAUACGCAUGAUGAGCCAUUUUUUAACUGAAAAGGUUUUCCGCAUUGGCCUCAAGAAAUAUUUAAAUGAGAUGGCGUACAAAGCUGCAGAGCAGGACGAUUUGUGGCAUUUUCUUACUAAAGAGGCCGUCGAAAAUUCUAUUUUAGACCAAAGUAUAGACGUUAAAGAAAUUAUGGAUACAUGGACAUUGCAAACGGGAUUUCCUGUAUUAAGUGUAUCAAAAGCUUAUCCCCAAUAUUUGAUUCGAAUUGAGCAAGAACGAUUUGUAUAUGUUCAUAAAGACAGAAAAGAAUCUGGUAGUUUAUUAUGGUGGGUUCCUUUAACUUUCACAACGGCAGAAGAACUAAAUUUUAAAAAAACAAGUCCAUCACAUUGGAUUCCAAGAACAAAAAUUUAUGAGAUAGAAAACCAAACAUUAGCUCAAUCCAAAUGGUAUAUAUUCAAUAUUCAACAAACAGGAUAUUACCGCGUUAACUACGAUAACUCUAAUUGGAAAGCAAUCACAGAACACUUGUUAAAUAAAACAAAAUUCAAAGAAAUUUCGCCAUCGAACCGCGCUCAAUUGAUUGAUGAUGCCAUGAACUUAGCGAGGGGAGGAUAUUUGAGUUACGAAAUUGCUUUAAAUAUAACAAAAUAUUUAGAACACGAAGAGGAUUAUGUGCCGUGGAAAGCAGCUGUUGUUGGUUUUAAUUUUAUUGACUCUAUGUUCGAGAGACAAGCUGAAUAUUAUUUAAUGCAAAAUUAUUUACUACAACUAUUAGAUAUGGUAUACAGAAAAGUGAGUUUUAAUGAAAUUGAAGAUCAAGAUGAUAUGAUAGCACAUUUUAAAAGAAUUGAAGUGCUAAGUACAGCAUGUCAUUUGGGGCAAGAUGACUGUGUCUCUAUUUCUCGGCGAAAUUUCCAAAAUUGGAUGUUUGAUCCUAACCCAGAUAGGAGUAAUCCUAUAUCACCAAAUCUCCGAAACAUUGUUUACUGUACAGCCAUUCAAUAUGGAUCUGAAAGUGAAUGGAAUUUUGCCUUUGAACGUUAUAUUAAUUCCAAAGUAUCGAGCGAAAAAGAAAUUCUACUAAGUGCAUUGGGUUGUAGUAAGGAGCCUUGGAUAUUGGCCCGAUAUUUAAGAAAGGGGUUGUUAGGACAUGAAAUUAGAAAACAGGAUGUCUAUAGAGUUUUUGCUGCGGUAUCAAACAACGUUGUAGGCCAACAAAUUGUGUUUGACUUCGUAAGAACUAACUGGAGUGAGCUAAAAAUUUAUCUUGGAAGUACAAUGUCUAAUUUAAACGGAAUCAUAAAAUUUUUAACAAGGAAAAUGAAUUCAAAAUUUAUGUUACGUGAAUUGGAAGAUUUCAUUAAAAACCACUAUAACGAAACAAGUAGAUCUAUCCAACAAGCUGUCGAACAAGUUCAAAUCAACAUCGAUUGGAUGGAUAAAAAUUUUAAAACAAUCGUAAACUGGUUAAAGAAACAAAAAUUAUAAUUCAUCUUGUUUUUAUUUUAUUUUCAAAGAAAUUUACAAAUUUAGAACAAUUUAAACUAUAAUAUCUACGUAUAACUAUAAUAUCUCUAUUACUUAUAAUAUCUUAUACAGCGAAGAUUUAAUUAAUUCAUCUAAAAUUUCAAACCGGAGGAAAAGCCACACUGCUCCAAAAGAUUAAUGAGAAGAAUAAGUACCUCACCUAAUUACAAUAUUAAUUUUAGGUCUUCCUUCCGUACUGGCCGAAACAUCUACCCUCUCUAUAGUAUUAAUUCGUGGUUUAAUUUUCUUACACCAUAAAAAAAAAAAUCAAAACUAAACAUGAAUAUGUACAUAUUAUGUACAUACAAACAUACAUACAAGCCUACGAACAAAUAAUUAAUGUAAUCAAAUCAAAAGUGUAAUUAAAUCAUACUAUUUUAAAACUUCCAAAUUGCAAAAAAAAUUCAUUAUUCACCACUUUUUCAUGGAUUUAUUUUCAGUUUAGAGAAUAUAAAAAAAUUUCCUCGAUGUUUUGCUAAACCAAGAUUCGUACGCAAAAAGCAGAACAGCCACGUUUUAUUCACUUUCAAAUCAGAAUUUUCAGUAUAUUCUAAUGGAUGUUUCACUUUUCCAAUAAGAUAACUCAUUUUUUUAAUUGGAUUUUUGCAUUUUUUCUCAAAUUAUCGACCGGUAUGUUUCACUUUCAAAAACAAAGUGAAAACUUUUGUACACAAUUUAAAAUAACACGAGAUACGCAAUCGGAAUAAUUCUUCUCACUGUAAAUUUACAUUAUACACGUAAAUUUACAUUAUACAAUAUGAUAGUUACUCACUUUCUUCUCAUUUUCCGAGUAAAAUAGCGAGAUAGACGAUCAGGCCCUAAAUUUAAGUUUCAACGAACCAAUUCUUCUGGUUCAAUACGCCUAAAUUAUAAGCUAUUAAAAAAUGAAAAAACGAAGCCUUACUAAGAAACUUUUAUAUAUGUGUGUACAUAUAUAUGUAUGUACUAAUAUUAAAAACAAAAUUUCUAGGAAAAUUGUAAUGUGCGAUUUUUAAACUUACAAUUUUAUAAUUCACGUAUACCUUAUACAUACAUACAUAUGUACAUAUAUACCUAUGCACGUAUGUUUUUCACAUUUAACUUCAAAAUUUAAUUAGAGACUUUAUUUAAAAAAGGAUUAUUUUUAACUAGAUACGAUAGAACUUUACUUAUAUUUAAAACUAUCAUUGCACACUUUUACUAUAAUUUAAUUUCGGGAUAUUAAUCAUUGGGAUGCUUAAAUUAAAUUCAAAAUUAUUUUCUAGCAUUUACAUUUACAUACAUAUGUAACUUAAUUAUAGUAUUAUUUGUCAAAUUUUAAUAUUGCUAAAAAUAUUGUAUAAACACAACAAAACUUUGCUUCGUUGGAUCAAAACAAAUACCGAUUAUUUAAUAACUACAUUAUUUAAGUAAAAUAUAAAAAUGUACUUAAAUUUUAAUAAAAAAAUAUUGUACUCAUAGUGAUUAAAUUUUUUAUUAUUUGCCCAGUAAUUUGAAAGCCAAAGUAAGAUUUUUAAUACUCUAGCAUUUCAAAUUAAGGUUAAUUUUAACAAUUGCCUAUUUUAAUAGGUUACAUUUAAAUUCUUAAAAUACCCUAAUAUUCAAAAUUUUUAACUUCACAUUUUGAAAUCAUAAAUGUGAACCUAAUGCCAGCAAAAUUAGUAAUUAUUAAUUAUAAAUGGUUUCACUUACAGUUUUUCUUUCUACUGUUAAUAUUUUAAGGUUAACUGCAUUUAUAAUACAUACAUUUAUUGUAUGAGACAUACAAUAAAUGCGUAUUUUAUGAAAGUU